AUUUCAUAAACGUUGUUUCACCAGCGGAGAAUGACUGUCUCCAAGCUGUAUGGAGAAAAACACAUUCGUUGUCCAGAGUGAGUACACACAGCAGGCAGACUUUGGACUGCUCAAACCGCAACCCCCUCCCCUUGUCCGCUCAGCUCUAGUGCAGAGUCCCGUGUCAGCUGAAACAUGGACGCCAACAACUUCGACUGCAUCGUCCUGGGAGCCGGGAUCCAAGGCUCGUACACCGCCUACCACCUCGCCAAAAACAAAAAGAGAACUCUACUAGUCGAGCAGUUUGUUCUGCCCCACUCCCGCGGCAGUUCCCACGGACACACGCGCAUUAUCCGGAAAGCCUACGAGCAAGAUUACUACACUCGCAUGAUGUCGGAGUGCUACCAGCUCUGGGCACAGCUGGAGAAGGAGGCUAACGUUCAGAUAUACCGGAACACAGGGAUGUUGAUUGUGGGUAAGGAGGACUGCAGUGCCUUCCGCAGUCUCAGAGGAACACUGCUGCGGAACAACGUCCCGAUGGAGGUCCUCUCUCCCGAGCAGUUUGCAAGCCGCUUCCCCUCCGUCCGCCUCCCCCCAGGGGAGUCUGCCGUGAUCGACAAGACCGCGGGGGUCCUGCACGCCGACCGAGCCCUGAAGGCCGUUCAGGAUCUGUUCCGCGGGCUCGGAGGCGUGAUUCAUGAUGGGGAGAAAGUAGUUGACUUCACACCAGGUUCUCCCAUCACCAUGACAACAAACUCCGGAAUGUAUCGCGCACAAAGUCUGGUAAUUACAGCGGGGCCUUGGGCAAAGAGUGUGCUUGCACGCACAGGACUACAGCUACCACUGCAGGUCUUAAGAAUUAACGUCUGCUACUGGAAGGAAAGGAUCCCUGGUACGUAUGGGAUAGGCAGACACUUCCCCUGCUUCAUCGGCGUGAAGCAGCAUGGAGCGAAACACGACAUCUACGGCCUGCCAUCCAACGAGUACCCGGGACUUAUGAAGAUCUGUUAUCACAGUGGCAGCGAGACCGAACCAGAUGAAAGAGACAGGCAGACUUCCCAGGAGGACAUUGCCAUCCUCUCCAGCUUCGUUUCCAAAUCCUUCCCAGGGCUGGACCCCACGCCUGCUGUAGUGGAGCAGUGCAUGUACAUGGUCACCCCGGACUCUGAUUUCAUUCUGGACCAGCAUCCCAGUCACAGUAACAUCAUCAUCGGGGCUGGAUUCUCAGGUCACGGCUUCAAGCUCGCCCCGGUAGCGGGGAAGAUCCUGUGUGAGCUUGCCCUGGGGAAGACCCCGUCCUUUGACCUUUCACCUUUCAGAAUCACGAGGUUCCAGUCCCUCCUGAAAUCUGCCCUGUGAAGCAGGGUGCUGGGGAGCAGGCUGAGCAAUUCCAAGGUUUAAAACAAGUCCUGCCCGUAACAGUGCUGCGUUUAGAAGAACCGGAAGCCGUUGAAAAGAGAAGUCUAGUGGAAGUGCUUGUCCUUGAAUCUGUUAAGUUUCUUGUAGGCGCGGAAUGGUUCUUGCUUGGCACUGGCAGUCUUAUUUUUCCAUCGCUGCUGUAGUUCUGUAUAACCAAACCCUGCUUAUUAAUUCAUAGGAUGCACUUCAUCUUGAAAUAGCGCUUGUUCUGGGUGUGACAUUACUGUCGUUCUAAGUGGUGCUGGGAUGGGGUGCCAUGGUAACGGUACGUGUGUUCAGCUUUUAAAAUAAAUAAAUAAAUAAAUUCUUUGUUUUUUUUCAUUUUCACAUUUGCUUGGUUUCCAAACAACAGGAAAUUGACAUCAGAGCUCCCUUGUCUCUUAUUUCCACCCCUCCUCUCUUAGUCGGACAGAAAAACUGGCGUGUCACUUUCUGUUAAGAUUAAGAAGUACAGCAGUCCUCAUUUUAAAUGUGAAAAUGAUACUGUGUUUCACUCAAAAUAAUCACUGUAGCAUCCAUUUGCAAUCUGUAACUGAACUCCUAUUGAUGCACUCAUAAAUGACAGAAUUAAAAGCAACAUUAGGCAGGGUUAGGCUGAGUAGCUCUGUGUAUUUAAUACAGACUGCAGGUCAGCUAUGAAGCUGUACAGAGUUUCACCCUUGUUUGAUGAAGGGAUAAUGAAUUACUGGAAAGGGCUGACUGCCUAUUACCGUAAUGCGCCUAAUAAAUGCACCCUCUCUAAUGGAACUAAGAUUGCGUGCUCUGAUGCAGUAUAUUACAUUCAGGGCUCUUGAGAUUUCAGUUUUUUAUUUUGUCUUAACUUUCCCAGGAUUUCAUUU